UGUGCGCUGUAUGUAUGCACAGCAGUUUUUUCCCCUGCGCGUGAAGAUCCGACUGCUUUUCCCCCACACGGAAUUGCUGUUGCGGAUCCGUAUCUAUUUGGGAUUAUUUUGUGGAAUAUAUCGUCUCCAAUCAAUCUUUGAUCAGGAUUGUUUUGCAGACCGUUGGCAAAAUGCCGAAUAAUAACCGAGCUUCUGAGAGCCAGCCGUCAGGAACAACACCUUCGAAUCCAGCUGCUCCGAGCUCAUCGACUACGAGCAGUCGACCGUCUUCGGCUGGAAGUGGUGGUCGACGAGGUGGACACUCCUCCCAAGAAAGAGGGAAUAGAGAGGUGAAACCGAAUCACUCGAUGGGCAAACCAGGCUCCAAGAGCCCGCUUAGCUCAAGCGCCAAAAGGAUCCAAAAGGAACUUGCUGAGAUAACCCUUGAUCCACCACCUAAUUGCAGUGCUGGACCAAAAGGAGACAACAUUUAUGAAUGGGUAUCCACCAUACUUGGUCCAACAGGCUCAGUGUAUGAGGGCGGAGUUUUUUUCCUUGAUAUUCACUUUUCUCCAGACUACCCAUUCAAACCACCAAAGGUGACAUUUCGCACACGCAUCUAUCACUGCAACAUCAACAGCCAGGGCACAAUCUGUUUAGACAUCCUGAAAGAUAACUGGUCUCCAGCCUUGACCAUUGGCAAAGUUCUUCUCUCCAUCUGCUCCCUUCUCUCAGAUUGCAACCCUGAGGAUCCCCUUGUUGGCAGUAUAGCAACCCAAUAUCUGUCAAACCGUGAGGAUCACGACAGAUUAGCCAAGCAAUGGACACAGAGGUUUGCAACAUGACGCAGGAGAGGUCUGCUAAAUUGCGGGCUACUCUCUUACAUAUUGUACAGUUAAAGGAAAAAAGUUUCAUUUUUUAAAGUUGCGGGCUGUGGUCUGCCAGUGAUUGAAUCCCCAUUCCUUUGUUUGUGUAUUUUUCAUUCUUCUCUCCAUGGCCUGACCUUUAUAUCCCAUUUGGUGUAAGUACUGACAUGUAUUGUACGGGGCCAUUGCCAGGUAUCAUCAUCUCAAUUUAUUUAAAUGGUUGGAACAGGAAACUAUACACAGAUGUCUCCUCUAAACCUAAAUGCGCAUGUCAUUCAGUAAAAGCCAAGUCUCAGCUCUCAAAAGUGAUUUGUUAAAAAGUAGAAAAAUAGAUGAAGCAAUUAAACACUUUAUGUAAAAUAAGAAAGAGAAAAAGAAAAUUUACAAUAAAUCGGUCAAUUAGAUUUGUGGAUAUUUUCCCACACUAUUUGUUUUAUUAUUUUUGUUCGAAAUAAAUGCCAUCCUUCUAUGGAUGAAUGAUCAAAUAUAUACAACAUGGCAUCAUCAAUUUAUAUUUAUCAGGAAGUCAAUAGCUUUAAUAGAGAGA